CUUCUUUCUUUCGCAUCUCUUUUCUUUUCCUUGACACAAUCGCUACAUUUCUGCCUCUAGCAGUUCUUCUCUCAUAGCAGUUCUCAUUUUCUCAAAUAAUUUCCAGAACUUCGGUUUAUUUUUCAUCAUGAAAUUCUCCACCGUUUCUUCUCUCGGUAGUUUUCUAAGUGCUGCGUCUGCUGGUACUCACCUCGAACAACACGUUUGCACAGGCGCAGCUCCUUCUACUGUCUACCAGACAGUGACUGUUACUGCUGCACCAGGCGGAGGCUACUAUCCAGGUGGAAACAACCAACCUGUCACAACCAUCCCUCAACCUCCAUAUGUUACCACAGGUGGCAGCCAAGUAACUUCUGUUGAUUAUGAUGGAACCAAAUCAACGGUCUGGGUCUACCCUACUGGCAGCCCAGCCAGUAAGGAUUGCACCGUAGCUAUUUACGAAAAUAACGUCAUUAUCAACGUGGUCGUCGUAAACAUCGGAGUUACAAUCAUUAACGGCAGCCCGAUUACUAUUACCAAGACGCUCACUGAGAAGCCAACAGAGACACCAACUUCCCCACCAAAUUUUCCACCAACUCUUCCACCAAUUUUCCCACCAAUUGGCGGGAAAGUGAUCAACGUCGUCGUUGGAGCUGAUGGACAGCUCAAAUAUAAGCAAGAUCAAGUCAAUGCUGACAUCGGUGACAUUAUCCGGUAAGUUCCUCUCUACUCAAUUUCCAAGCCCCAUCAAAGUACUAAAGAGAAUUCAGAUUCGACUUCAACUCCACCAACCACACCGUCACCGAAUCAACCUUCGACGCACCAUGCACAGCAAAAGCUGGAGGCUUCAAAUCCGGGUUCCAGUUCAACAACAAAAACCGCACUGAUGUUCUUCCACCCGUGGAUUUCGUGGUCGACCGAACCAGCCCGAUCUGGUUUUACUGUGGACAAAGGAAGCCCGUCUCUCACUGUGGAAAGGGAAUGGUCUUCGCCAUCAACCCAGCCGGAAAAUUCGACGAGUUCGUGGCCAAAGCAAAGGCUGCUGAGGGAGGAAACGGAACUGUCAUCCCACCUACAACUAUUAGCUCAUUGCUACCACAGGGAACUGGAGUUCUCCCACCUACAAUCACCCCAAGCGGAACUGGAGUCAUCACAAACGUCAAGCCAACUCCUACCAAGGUGUACUACAGGCGUGCUGCUUUGAAAAAGCAGUCUUUCGAAGCGUAAAUGAACUGAGCAUUCUUGGGAGCCGGGAAACACAAUUGGGGUUUAUGACAUGGUUACAAUUAGACUUGUACUUUUUGGAGUUUUUUAAUUUUGUUCUCUUUG